CGCGUUCAUUCGCAAAUCGUAUUCCGACCAUACUGGACGAAAAGUUGAAGCGAUGUUUGGCAUUUUCAAUAUACCGCCACCGGAUCCUAACCAGCUGCCCUUAACGAAUUCGCCAUGGCCGCUCAUUUUAAUACUCACAAGCUAUUUACUAUUUGUACUCAAAUUUGGUAAGAUCUUUAUGAAGCAUCGAGAACCGUACAACUUGACCAAGUUAUUGCGCAUCUACAAUCUGAGCCAGGUGGCAUACAAUGGCAUCUUCUUUGGCAUUACAUUCUAUUAUCUGAUCUGUCGGCGCAUUUGCAAUCUGAGCUGCAUGGAAACCUUUCCGUUUGGGCACGAGCACAAGAAUCUGGAGCGGUAUGUGCACUUUGCAUACUUUAUCAAUAAGAUCCUGGAUCUGCUGGACACGAUAUUCUUUGUGCUGCGCAAGAGCUACAAACAGAUCUCCUUUCUGCAUGUCUAUCAUCAUAUGAUGAUGGUUAUCGGCUGUUAUUUAGUAAUGCGCUUCUAUGGAACUGGUGGUCACUUUAAUGCCUUGGGCAUGAUCAACUCUUUGGUGCAUACUGUCAUGUAUUUUUACUACUUUCUGUCGGCGCAUUAUCCUGGUGUCAAGGCGAAUAUUUGGUGGAAAAAGUAUAUAACAAUAACUCAACUCAUACAGUUUGUUGCACUAUUUCUUUACACGACCUACGUGCUGAUCUUCGCCAAGAAUUGCCGCUUUCCCAGCAGCCUGCUAUUGAUACAGAUAGUUCAGGCCGUGAUUAUGAUGUAUAUGUUUGGCAAUUUUUAUGUGAAGACCUAUGGGCUUACAUCAGAGCACCAAGUGCGUCAUAAACAGGGCUAAUAGAUUAACUAACUAUGACUUUCCCCGCGUAUUCUUCAUAAUGUAAAUAAAGUUUAAUGUAAAUAUCAA